GGCGCCCCGGUCUCCCCGGAAGUGCGUGCGGCAGCUCCGCCCCUAGGCUCCGAGCAGAGGUGGAAGCUGGUGCGGGGUGCUGGAGGUGAAGCUCCAGCGAGUCCUGGAUCCUCUGAGGAAGGCGAUGGAGAGGGCCCUGGCGAUGGAGUCCAAGGAGAAGGACAGCACCGCGGCGUGGAAGAACAAGGUAAAGCGACGGAGAGAGAGAAUCAAGGCUGAGUGCGAGAAGCUGCGUCGCUUUGUGAACGAGGAGGAGCAGCGGCUUCUGCAGAGACUGGAGGAGGAGGAGAGCGAGACUCUGCGGAGCCUGGAGGCGAACGUAGCCCAACUCUCCCGGCAAAGCUCCUCUCUGCGCACGCUGAUCUCGGAGAUAAAGGAAAAGAGCCGGCAGACACCUGCUGAGCUGCUGAAGGAUGUGAAAAGGACCUUGGACAGGUGCUGUAUCUUCCCCUUCCCCCACCCAGUACAUUCCUGCUUGGGCUGUGGCAGGCAUAUCCAUGUGGAAGAGCUGGGCUGA